CUCGUCUCGCAGUCUCUCCUCAGGCGGCUGUCAUGGUACCAACGGCGUCCCUGAUCCUGUUUGCUUUUGCUGCUUCCGGCCUGCAAUGCAAUGCAAUCCCGGCCUCCGUAGUCGGUCGGCAUGUUGGCCGCCACGCCAAUCUCAAUGUGACAAUCGCGCGUGCUGGGCCGUUUGCGAAGCAGCAGGCGGGGCUCGUCUACAAAGGAUUCUACGAGGCGGCGUCAGGCAAGAGGGAGCCGUCCAACCGCCGGGAGGAGGGCUUCAUGAAGCUGGCUGCUAAAGCGGCAGAGAAGGAUGGAGGGGGCCUGGUGGAGGACGCCCCUAACGCCACCAAAGCUGUCUACUUUGAUCAAUGCCACGGUGAUCUCAAAACGCACAGCGCACAUGCAGACGAUACAUAGAUCGUCCGGCCCUUCCCAUGUCUCAUGUAUGUCUGGUCUUUGGUGAUACAUAGUCAACAAGUGGCUGUCGGGCAAGGCCCCCGGGUACGUGAGUGAGAGUGAGAGUGUGGAGAGGCCGGGAUCACAUGGUAUGUACGUCUCGGUGCAUCUGGUUGUCUUUGUGUGCACGCAGAUGGUGUGACCCAGCUCUGAAGGAGAGCAAGGCCAAGUCUAGGCAUCUGCCGGACGGAAAAACCAUGGUCAUCAUCCGUGGCAGUAAGCUCGACCCCAAAACCAUGGCCAUCAUCCGCGGCAGUGAGCUCGACCCCAAACUCGGCCACACCCGGCGGACCUUUUCUCCCAUCGAGCACAACAUGCCCAUGCCCCCUGCACAACAUGCUCAUGCCCAUGCCCAUGCCCAUGCCUACACUUCGCCCUGUAAAGAGCUCUACCACACCUCGGAACAAACUGUGGCCGAGUCGGGCGAGAUGGUGAUGGGCGAGCUGACUGCUUUCACAAUCCCCACCAUUGACUGGCUUGAGCAGGACGCGUUCCCCUCCCCGCUGCCCACUUGGCUGCUGGCGGACAAGAUCACACGCGCCAAGUACGGACACAGCAAGUGGUACGGCUUCCCUAUGGGCUCUCCGGUGAAACCGAGACACUGCACCGGCGUCAUCGGCAAAGGUGGCCUCGGCAAGUGGGGCCCCAACUUCGCCGCAGACUCCCUGGUCAGUCAGUAAGCGGAGAGAAACGGACGGGAAUGAGCGCUCAAAUGAGCGCUCACUCUUGGAUAGAAUGGAUGCAAUCGUGUCGAUGCAGUUGGGCCGCAAGGUACGGCACCUGAGAUCUUCCUUGACUCUUCCUUUACUUGGCCUGUCACCUUGUUUCGCAAGAAUCCCAACACUGAGGAGCUGGAGAUUUUGCUCAUCAAGCGCAAGGACAGCGGCGACUGGGCUUUCCCUGGCGGAAUGGUCGACGAUAAGGUGCGCCGCGUGUGGACAGACGAGAGACGGAAAGACACUCGUGUCCAGUGUGGACAUGCGUGUGUGUUGGCUGACGUGGACAGGAAUAUCACAAGCCAGUGAUCACUGCCGCCAGUGAUCACUGCCGCACGGUCAAGCAUACACACGCACAUACACAUACACGUAAUGUCGCGAGACUGUCUCUUUGCGGGUCGAUCAGGGAGCUGAUCGAGGAAACAUUGACGGGCACGGAGGGCAAGUCUAUCUGCGACGACUGGAGCACCAUCCAAGAGAAGCCGAGCUUCCAGGCCAUGAUGAAAACACUGGGCCUGGAGGUCGCCGAAGGCGACAUCAAGUUCGCCUGCAAGGGCGGCGAGGACAAGUGCGACGAAGCCGACUGCGAGGUGCACAUCUCGGGAGACGAGGAGUUCGGCGGUGUCGAGACAUUGCAGUCGUCGGCUACACCGGUGUACGCAGGAUACGGUACGUACGUCGAUAGAUACGUACAGGAAAGGAUACCAACGUUGGUAUGUAUGUACUUAUUCCCUGAGUGGAUCGAUGGCUCACCACUUGAUUGAAUACUCAUCUGUUCGUUCAGUUGACGACCCCCGCAACACCGACAACGCCUGGAUGGAGUCGUUCGUUUUGGGAUGGCUCGUCCUUGACAACCUCGCUGAAGAGCUCGACGACCUGCCCGGAGGGUCCGACUCCACCGAAGGUCGGUCGGCAACACGCCCAUGCAUACACACACAAGCGCACACGGCCCGUGUCUCGUUCGCACCUAUGGGUGUUGAUGAAUACAGUCGCCUGGUGGCCCAUCCACAAAUCGAUCCCCAAGGGCAGCGGGGAGAAGGCCCCGAUGCUCCAGGACGGCACUCUGUUCGCCAGCCACUCGUUCUUCCUCCGCGCCGCCACCCAAUUCAUCCUCGAGGAGAAUCUCGACUUCGCCAACGAAGACGAGAUCAGAGAGGCGCUGGCGAAGGGUGAGUGAGUGGGGGGAGGGGGAGGGCGACGGGUUCGUUGUGGCCAUCCGGUGUGUGUGUGUGUGUGUGUGUUUGUUGCAUGCAGCCAACUCUGAGAGCAUCUACAAAUCUCACCUGGAGUGAGUGAGACGCACGAGUACACACACAUUCUGUCUACCUGCCUGCCUGCCUGCCUGCCUGCAGCGCCUUCGUCGACAAAGUCCACGACGUGUAGGUUGGCGACUCAGAAACAGGCGAACAAGAGGAAGGAGAGAGGGAAAGAGAGACUUUUUCGUGUAGUCAGUCAGGGGCGGGUGGGUGGAAGGAAGGUUCAGGGCAGUGCAGUGCAUGCCUGAGUUGUUCUGCGAUGACGGACGGUACAGUAGAUGAUGCCGACUGCCCGAUCGAUGUGAGUGGGAUGGAUGGAUGUCCAACAAGGCCUGCCUCACUCACCGUCACACACACACACACAGCACAGGCCGCUGAGUCUCUUACGAUGCG